CUACAUGACCAGCAUCCCCCAUCCUGCCUUCAGGAACUAGGCUACAGUGUGUUUUAGUAAAUUUGGGGCCAGUGAUCAACUACCCGUUUUUGGUUUCCCAAACCAACUCCGGCCCGGGCCUCAGUCCGCGGUCUCGAGUUUGAUAGCGGGCUGUUAGAGACGGACUCACGUCGGCCUAACACUGCCAGUCAGUCCCUGCGCCCCAACCACCAUCAUGGGAGACAGCAGAGAUUCUCGCAGUCCAGACAGCUCGUCUGUUUCUUCCCCUCCUUCGGGCCAACGCUCGCCUCCACUGGUUCCCUCCGCAGCUUCCAUGACUUCCCUGCCACCCAUCACCUCCACUGGCGUCAACAGCCCUGUCAGUAGCAUCGGCUCUCCUUUUUCUGUUAUUAGCUCAUCACUGGGCUCACCCUGCCUACCUGGCACUCCGUCAGUUGGUUACGGCCCAAUUAGCAGCCCUCAGAUCAACUCAACAGUGUCCAUGUCAGGGCUUCAUGCAGUGAGCAGCUCUGAUGAUGUGAAACCCCCUCUGGGCUUGAAGCAGCUGUCAUCCCACAGCCCAGGUCCAAUGCUUUCCCAGAAACGCCUUUGUUCCAUCUGUGGAGAUAGAUCCUCUGGUAAGCAUUAUGGUGUCUACAGCUGUGAGGGCUGUAAAGGCUUCUUCAAACGAACAGUGCGGAAAGACCUGACCUACACUUGUCGGGACAAUAAAGACUGUAUAGUGGAUAAGAGACAGAGGAACCGCUGCCAGUACUGCCGCUAUCAGAAGUGCCUGGCCAUGGGCAUGAAAAGAGAAGUGGCCAAGAUGAACGACAGAUCUGUUCAAGAGGAGCGACAGAGGAACAAGGAACGAGAGGGCGAGGUGGAGUCUACCAGUGCAGUGAAUGAGGAGAUGCCAGUAGAGAAGAUUUUGGAAGCUGAGAUGGCUGUAGAGCAAAAGACUGAGCUUCAUGCAGAUGGAAGUUCAGGCGGGAGCUCUCCCAACGAUCCUGUCACCAAUAUCUGCCAGGCAGCAGACAAGCAGCUCUUCACGCUGGUGGAGUGGGCUAAGAGGAUCCCUCACUUCUCUGAGUUGCCUCUGGACGAUCAGGUCAUUUUGCUGCGUGCAGGCUGGAACGAGCUCCUGAUUGCAUCAUUCUCCCAUCGCUCCAUCUCUGUGAAGGACGGGAUUUUACUGGCCACCGGCCUCCAUGUCCACAGGAACAGUGCCCACAGUGCAGGUGUUGGAGCCAUCUUCGACAGGGCGCACAAUGCUGAGGUUGGGGCCAUAUUUGACAGGGUUUUGACAGAGCUUGUAAGCAAAAUGAGAGACAUGCAAAUGGACAAGACAGAGCUGGGCUGCCUUCGUGCAAUCAUCCUCUUCAACCCAGAUGCCAAGGGUUUGUCCAACUCCAGUGAGGUGGAGCUUCUGAGAGAGAGAGUGUAUGCAUCUCUUGAAGCUUACUGCAAACAGAAAUACCCCGAUCAGCAGGGCAGGUUUGCAAAGCUCCUCCUGCGACUCCCAGCACUGCGCUCCAUUGGUCUGAAGUGCCUGGAGCAUUUGUUCUUCUUUAAACUGAUUGGUGACACGCCCAUUGACACCUUCCUGAUGGAGAUGCUCGAGGCGCCUCACCAGAUCACCUAGAGGAGCCAUGUUCAGUCCCAUCUGGAUCCGAUGCACAUCAGGAUCACAUCACGGCCUCCUGUGUUUGGUCGUCGGCUCGUCUCGUCGAGCCUCGUUUAACUGCAGCAACCUGCUGGUUUUAACAAACCAGCUUUCACACACACACGAAAACACACCUUAUCCCUGCCACCGUGGUUGCUUGUCUCCUCACACACAGACAUACACAAAUUUCCAUAUAAUUGCAAACAAUUAACUAAUACACAGACAAAAUUGCUUGGAACGAACAAUAAGAUUAAAACUUCACACACGCAUGAGUUUUCACCAUUUUUUCCCUCAGUUUCCAACAACAGGGAUAAUGACUGAUUCCCUUUUUAUCCCACAUAUACAGUAAAUGUCUUAAUUUUAAUUUAAGCUUCGGUUUUCACACCUUCAUCUCACAGGAGGGUUUUGCUUCUGCAUAACAGUCUUUUUUUCUUGUUUUUAACUUGGGUUACUUACAGUUACUGCUAGCUGCACCUCUGUAUAUUAUAUCCAUUACUAGCUGGUUCGUGUAUGAUUUUUAGCUUGCAAUCAGGUGCGUAGCAUUUGAGUCAACUGUCCACCAUCAAACAAAUUCACUUCUCAUUGUCAGGAGAUGUCCUAUAAAGAUGCAGAUACACCCUCCUAAUUAUUUCAUCAAAUCUGGUAAACAUUCAAAUAUUUUUGUUUCUUUUAUAUAUACAUAUAUAUAUAUAUAUAUAUAGUCAUGCUGAAACUUGUUUGAGUUUCUAUUUUUGAAGUACUGUACUCAUGAAAUGAGAGCUUUUUCUUAGGCAAAGAAAUCCAGGAAAAGCGGGCUGGGAGCACUUUGUUAAACAGACAAACUUAGUCCCUCCCACCCUGAUGCGCACAGCGGGCUUUGUAAGACAAAAAGAAUGACUUGAAUUUUUUUUUAAUUAAGAUUUUAUUCUUUUCUCUACUUUGGCAGAUGUUUGGCAUUUUAAACAGCAUGAAGAUCACAGGAAGAAAAACUUCAUGCAAGAAAAAAAUAGUAUUUGUUUGACUUUUAGCUCCUGCUCCCCUGAAUCUUCCCUCUUCUGGUGGUCAUUAAUGCACUUUUGUGAGUUGUAACUGUGUAAAUGUUCUCGUUUCCUAGAAAUGACCAUCUUCUCUCAGACGCCUAAGAUGAACUUGAAGGUACUAAGUGUAGGGUUUUCUCAUUUCAAUCUUAACAUUUUUCAAUCUUAAAGGGGCAAAAAGCUAAAUCUUUUCACUGCAGGGUUUGCUGUUGUGCACUGCCUGUAGACCAAAACAGUGUCAUGAGCCACAUCUCCCACUACCUCUUCCCCCCCUCCCCCGACUCGCCUCGUCUGCGAACGAAUGUGCAAAGUGCAAACACACUGAGCGAAACGAUAUCACCAUUUUGUGGACGUCGAAAUAACUUAUAACGUAUGUUGUUACUGUCCAGGAGAAGAGCUAGCUCCGAGCCAAGUUGUAGCCUCUUUAGCUCUCGCAGUAUCCUCCACUGUGGAAAUACAAAGCCAGCGUAAAUCCAAGUUAUGUCCCUUUCUCUAUCCGACAACUUAUUUGCUAACAACCGUAGUUUUUUUCUGUUUUUUAGAGGUAAUGUCGGAUUCUAAUCAUCUGCAGGUGAAGGUUUCGUUCCACUCGCCACCAUUUCAUUUAAAAAUUUGAGCUGCUGUUGCUCGCUUGCUCCAGCCUCUUAUAGGAAAGAGGCAUGACCGUGUGGCCAGACCAGCUGGUAAACACAGCUGGAGGUCAUGUUAUACUCCAGACAAAAUUACACUUCUAGUUCUUCACAUAGACAUUUUUUAAUUCCUUCAAUCUAGAAAUGAUGAAUUCCUGCUUAUUGCCCCUUUAAGUGUUUUUGUUCAGUUUGCUAAAGGAUUGGUUUCUUCCCUUGCAAGUUUUAAUCAAUUUGGGAAUUAAUAUUAACCAUACGGGCUGUGCUUGAAUAUUAAGACUGGCAGCAGUUAUAUCAGCACAGUUUCUAACAACUGAGAAAAAUAAUCAUCCGUGCUCUCCGAACAAUCCUGUCUGUGACUGGACGGCUUGUGUCCGUGUUGUGUGGCCGACUGGUUGGUGAGUGUUGAGUGAGUAAAUGUAUCUGACGUGUUUUUUACCCAGUAGUCAUUGAAUUGUCUUCGGACUGUAUGCUUGAGAUGCUGUUCUCUUUGUAAAACAAAAGUGGUAAAAAGCUGUUUUUGUGCACCACAAAAUGAGGUGGGAACUGGAAACGAAAAGAUGCCGUUUCGUUUGGUAGUUGGUAACAAGUUUGCAAUAAUUUUGCAGCCCACAGCUCAUGGAUGGUUUUACUGGUUGCGGAUGUGGAUUUGUAAACUGUUUUAAUUACAAAGGACAUCGUGUGUGAAUUGUUGCUGUAAUGAAAUCCUUUAAAGAGACACACAGAAUGGAAAUCCUACACCUAAUACCUGCAGCUUUGGAAACUUUGCGUGUGUAUUGGCUCAAACUUGAGACUUUUGUAUAGUAGAUGUAAAUAAUACCAAAAACAAACAAAAAAAAAAACAAGUGAAAGUGAAAUAUGUGGCUCCAACAAACAAAUUUCUAUUUUGUGCUGUUAAAUCAACAUUGGAGUCGUGUCCCUUGUAAUUUCAUCACCAUGAAAACUGUGCUUGAGCCCAGGGCCAAACCACACCUCACACAGCUUUUGCACCAAUUUCUGCCAAUGGUUCCUGUUGUUCUCGGUUAAUGAUUGGCUGGAUUUUGUUGCCAAUGGCACUUGAUAUUUACUGUGAUUGAAAUUUGUGAGCAACUGAAUCUGAGCAUUGCAGCGAAAAGUCAAAUGCAGCUACCACAUGAUCAGGAAAAUGACAAACUAUGAAUCUAACUGUACACCAGCUCAAAGGUGAGCAGUACCGGGUACACAAAUAUUUACUUCCAUGUCUGUUGGGGAAGUUUUAGAGAAAGUGUUCACAUUUGAAGUAUUUUACACCACCUUACUCACCACAUUUAAUAGAUAAAAAAACAUUUUGUUGUCAUUCUACAGGGAAGAGGUACGACAGUCCUCUACCAGGUGCUAAAUCAUUUAUGUGGUCUCUUAGUUGAAGACUUGCACAUUUACAUCAAUGCAAACUCAGUAUGCAAGUACAGACAAAUCAGCCAUUCUUCAUACUUAUAGUGUAGAUUAACCUCCUGAUAAAAUAUUUUAUUAUAAUCCCCCCUCACAUUUGUCAUCUUUUGAGUAAUGAAAAAUACUUACCAGCUAAGUUAUUGGGAAUUUUGGCUGCAGUUGAUAAGGCUUUGUACCCUGUCAGGCGGAGCCAACCUUUUUUAUCUUUCAGAAAGACGUUACGCUGGUGAAAAUGAUAAAAGCAGCUGUUGGAUGUUAGGGUCCGACUUCUCCUUUGACCAGAUGGAGCGAUGAGCAUCCUGCCCAGCCGAUAGUCCAAACACUUCUCAGAGAGAAUCCUUGGCCUCCCCCAUGUGAUGUGGACACAGAGGCUGGCAGUUGACCUGUAAGACAGGUUUAGAUUUUUUUUUGUGUUUAACCUUAGAGUUUGGUGCUGUUUAAGUUUUAUUCCAUCUUUGCGUAUAUUCAGCCAACUCAACCAUGCUGUCUCCAUAAAAGUCAGCCCCUUAUGCAACAUUGUUGACUCGUUUUGUUGUUUGUUGGUAAAGUAAAGCAAGCUGGUGGCCAGCGUAGAUGAGACGCACCAACGUCUGCCAGCAUUGUUUUACUGUAAAAGGCUUAGUAUUGUCUGUGCUUUACCGAUUUGAGUUGGUUCAGUGACUCUGUGGCCAAUGAGCCUUUGGAUCUACAUUAUUAGGAGUUCUGCUGCCCUAAAACUUUGGGGUGUAGAUAAAGUCUGUGAGAUCAAGCCAACUUUAGAAGGACAUGCUUGCUCGGAUGAUCUCUGGUUGGUUGACAUCUCAGAAACUUUGCAGGAUUUUAGUUUUGUUGCUUCUGUUUUUCAGCCUGCUGCAACUGCACGUUUAUAUUCGGGGAUGGGAAUUAUCGUAGACCAUCAAAAGCUGGACGGCUGACCAGCUAACUUCCAAUACCAGUCACACAGAGCUGGCUUUGAAAUUCAUUUCUUAAGUAAAAUGGUUAAACAGUCACUUUUUGAGCUUUUCAAUUAUGUUUCCUGCAGCUGUAAAAUAAAUCUUAGUCUGUUACAUGACAUUAAUUGGCAGUAGCAUCAUUUACAGUUCCCAUCCCUCUGUGCAUUAGUGAUGUUUUCAAAUUUCUCUAUGAGUCUUGUUUUUCUUGACAUUUCACUACGAGCCUAGCAUUUAAAAAGCUAUACAGCGAGUGCAGGUUCUGUAGCUAAACCGCAUCUAGCUUUGCUGAGCAGGAAGACUAUGUUAGCAGAAGCAGAUGGUUGGGUAUUUUAGUUUUUUUAACAUUUAGUACUUGUGGCCAUGUGUAUGUUUUUAUGCACAUGUGUAUGGAAUCUGCAGCUAUGCCUUUUUACUGGCAGAAACUGUAACUUUGGCUGUGACUUGCUGAGCGCUUUUGAAUAAAUUGGUUGAGUGAAAUCAUAAAAGGGUGCAGAGGAAGGAGGAGGGGUAACUAUUGGUAUGUUGACCUGAUGCUUUAUCGACACAACCUGCCCCUUUCCUUUCACUGUUUUGCCCUAUGUCCAUUGCUUUACUUAAAACUUAACGGCUCGUUCAGUCGCCCACGUGAGCUGGAAAUGGCCGGGCUUUGCAGUGGACUUGUAAAAUGAACCUUUGAUUCUUGGACUGUGAGGAUGUGAAGUUUUUCAUGGGACAAGCGUUGGAGAACUGUAGAGAAGGGAUUCAGUGCCACGUGUCCCUCUUUGCUUACUUUACUUGACGGCAGAGCUGCGACGAUCUGCGGUCGCCACGGGAGACCGCUGAAUCGCACCGCCCACAAAUUGUUUUGUCAUGCAACGGUGUGCACUCAAGGCAGACGCAUGCUGUGACCUUCUGACUGUGUAGCAGUAUUGUUGUCGCCAUCUUUAUUACAUUAUGAAACUUUUCGCGUUUUGAAGACGUUGAUAUGCUUUUUUUUUUUUUUUUAAUGGAUAGGAAGCUACGACUGAAGACUUGAUCAUUGUGUAGAUUAGACACAAGGGCGGCGUUGUUACACGUUCCCUGGAAGCCGAUCCUGUUAUAAUCAGUGAGGUUCAGUGUGUUCUAUGCAGCCUUGAAACCACCACCCUCACUCUUCUUUGUGUUUUCCUUCUUUUAAUCACUGCCAAGCUGUUUGCAGCCAUCUUAAAUGCACGGCCACUCAGUCACCAGUGCUCGUCUGUUAUGUAUGUUGUGAUUAUUGUGCAGCACACAAAAAGAGUGUGCGCUAACCUUGGCCUGUAAUGCAUUGAAACAGAGGCCCUAUAGGAAUGGAAUGACAGCUCGUGUAGAGAGCGCUGGUCACUGGAGAGAGGAGCAGACCAGUGUCUGGACCCCUCUGGGUGCUCAAGCUGUGCAUUGGUGCUUUUUUAUGGGGUCCCACAACCUAACAUACAUUAAUGAAUGAAAUGCAAAUAAAGGAUUUGACAAGACAAGCUUGGUCCUGGACCUGCUCUUCUUCAGUUGGAUUUGGUUGAUUUCUUUUUUGUUUUUGAUUUAACUUAAUGUGGCUGUAGCUUGAAAUGAAAUAAACAAAAACCCUUCAGAAUCUUUUUGGUUAUGAGGGGGAAGUUUUUGACUGUACAUUGCAAACAAUGCUAGAUUUAACCACCCUGGUUUGUAGGGGGCACUUCUGAACAACAUCUGGCUACAGUGAAAGAAGUGGCCAGAAAGGAUCCGCUGAGGAAGACUGCUCUCUUUUAAGAGGAGCUGGCUUUUUAUUUUGGAAGGGCAGGUCGGAAAGAGGGGGUCGGGCUUAAAGAAAUUUGGAUCAGGUGUUCAGUUGUUGAUUGAGAGUAUAAACAGAAAAUACUAUUUUCCAGUAGAUUUAGGACCUUCCUUAAUUGUUUACUCUUCACCUUAAAAACUUUCAGACUGUCUUGUUACCUGUUUUACAACUAUGCUAUUCACCUUUUCUUUAUUACAAAGUAUUAAACAAAUGCAAGAACUGAAAUCAGAAUGGAAUCUGUCACUUUUAUGUUUAAUUUGUCUCUUUCGCUUGUGUCUGUCCUUUGUCCUGUUUGUAUUCUACUCCAUUGUAAAUGUGGAGCUGAUUGACUUUUGUGUGCUUUGGGGAUUGAAAGGAAAAAAAAUAUAUUUUUUUUCAGUCAUUAAUUCAAAACCUUGUUUCUGUUUGUUGUAUCAUGUCCGAGUAAAAGUUUUAAUACUG